AUGUUGCAGUGGAAGGGUUAUGUUGCAGAUAGGUUUGGUGUGCAAUACGACGGGAAGGAUGCUGGCCUCUCCAUGUCCUGGGUUCAUGGGCUGACACAGUUCGGUCCAUGCCCACUGGAUGCGGACGAGAAUACACUUAUGCAACACUAUGAGGUGUACUUAUACGUCCUGCUCGGAGGCAUCAUGUUCUGCAACACGGCAGGCGAUUAUGUCGUCCCACAUAUUGUAUGGUUAGCAGCCCACCUUGCGUCACAUCCUUAUGAGCCUACAUCUUACAGUUGGGGAUCUGCAGUGUUGGCUGCAAACUACAGAGGAUUGUGUGAUGCAACCCAGCGAACAAAGAGGAAGGCAACCAUUACAGGGUGCUUACAUCUCUUACAGUUAUGGAGUUGGGAGUACCUCCCGAUUUCCAGACCUUGGGUGCUCAAGUGCUACUACCCAGUUCACAUCUCUGAUGGCAUUGCAGAUGACAUAAGGCCAACGAUGGGGUAUCGGUGGAUUCAUGCCAGGCUAAGAUGGAGUCAGCAGCAAGACCAUGGUAACUACUCCAGGGUGAUAAGUGACCUGGACAUCCUUAGCGCUGAUCUAGUGGAUUGGGAUCCAUGGCGUAUGGCACGAGUAAAAGAAAUUGCAGAUGGUGGACUCCUGGCAUCCUCUUGUAGCCGUGACGCAGACUUAUGGUUGACCACAUGCUUCUUGUUGUACAUGAACUGCGUGGAAGUAUAUUCUCCAGAACGUGUACAGAGGCAGUUCGGGUACCGACAGGUGGUGCCUGUUCCAGCACCACGAGACGCCGGACGGGCGCACGAGUGGAGCUCAAAGGGGGGCGGAGGCACGCAGGACUGGGCAUCCAAGAAUGCCGAGUACAUACGGAGGUGGACAGAAUCAGCUGCGGUGGAUGUCAUCAUUACUGCUGGACAAUACGACGAGGCCACGUACUGGGACUACCUUGCUUGGUACCGUCCGCGCACGCGUGCCACCUUACUCAGCGGACCUGUACAGCCGGGCCCCAGACCCUUCCCCGAGGAUCGUGCCCGCCUACUUCAUGUUGUGACUGAAGAGGCGUAUGAGAUGCAUACGCAAGCGGAUCAACCUUUUGGGGAACCAAGCAGGUCAUCAUCGCAGAGGGAUCGUACCCUUCUCCGGGAAGCCGAGUAA